CUACCACAGGAUUUGCUAUAUCUGACAUCACUCCCAUCACCCUGCAACCCACGAUCCUGCCACCUCUCUGCUCCCCAAGACACACAGACAGCCGCGGAUAUGGCUCUGUGGUGAUGACAAACACAUCGCUCUUCUCCCCACGACAACACCCAUCCCUCCGCACCCCCACAACGUGCAUUGUCCUGCACCUGACUGAAGCACACGUUGCCCGGGGCAGAAGCUCCCCACCCUCCCCAUUUCCCUGACCUCGGUGAGUCACGGGGCCGUUGGAGCAGGAGCUUCUGUGCGAGUGAACUGGCAGCCCACUGGAAAAGGGCUCCCAUGGGCAGUGGUGUUACCCUCUGCUUCGAUACCGGCGGUAGUUGGUGAGUGAGAGCCGCGCGUUUGCUGCCAUGCCCGAGCCGGCCAAGUCCGCCCCCGCGCCCAAGAAGGGCUCCAAGAAAGCCGUCACCAAGACGCAGAAGAAGGGCGACAAGAAGCGCAAGAAGAGCCGCAAGGAGAGCUACUCGAUCUAUGUGUACAAGGUGCUGAAGCAGGUGCACCCCGACACGGGCAUCUCGUCCAAGGCCAUGGGCAUCAUGAACUCCUUCGUCAACGACAUCUUUGAGCGCAUCGCCGGCGAGGCCUCGCGCCUGGCGCACUACAACAAGCGCUCCACCAUCACCUCGCGGGAGAUCCAGACGGCCGUGCGGCUCCUGCUGCCCGGCGAGCUGGCCAAGCACGCCGUCUCCGAGGGCACCAAGGCCGUCACCAAGUACACCAGCUCCAAGUAGAGCGUCUCCUGGAUCCUCAGUUCUAACCCAAAGGCUCCUUUAAGAGU